AUGGCUUCUGCAAACAAAAUGCCAACUAUUCCCAUGUUCAUACUUCAAAUAUGAGCUAAAGCUUAGAUCAAGUAACAAGCUUUAAUUUAAACAAAUAAAUUCAAAAUCCUAUAUAUAGCACCAGAAUAAGAAGAUUUCUCGCAUCAAAAAAUUAGUCUUUCUUCUUUCAAUAUUAGUAAAGAGGGAUUCAACAUGAAGGUCUUAAGCAGCAGUUUCAUAUUUGUUAUUUUGGUAGCUCUGAUUACAGGUUUUAUUCAAGUAAAUGCAGAAUCUGUUCACUGCAACAACCCAUUAAGCCGAUGCAAUGGGAAGUACGUAGAAUGCCCUUAUGAAUGCCCAAGCACUUACCCACAGGACCCCAAAUCUAAAGUUUGUUAUGUCAACUGUGAUCACCCACAGUGCAAGGCUUCUUGCAAGACGCGCAAAGCAAGUUGUGACACACCAGGAUCAGCCUGUUAUGAUCCCCGAUUUAUAGGUGGUGAUGGUGUUGUUUUCUACUUCCAUGGAAAGAGCAAUGAGCAUUUCAGUUUAGUAUCAGAUUCAAAUCUCCAAAUCAAUGGACGUUUCAUUGGCCACAGACCAGAAGGCAGAACCAGAGACUUCACUUGGAUUCAGGCCUUGGGAAUUCUUUUCAACUCUAACACAUUUUCUCUUGAAGCAACAAAGUCAGCAACUUGGGAUAGCGAAGUUGACCAUUUGAAGUUCACUUACAAUGGUGAAAACUUAGUCGUACCUGAAGAGCCACUUUCCAUUUGGUACUCACCAGAAAAAGAUGUCAAAGUAGAAAGAGUAUCAAGAAAAAACAGUGUUAUAGUGAAUAUAAAGCAUACUGUAGAGAUUUUGGUCAAUGUAGUGCCUGUAACUAAAGAAGAUGACAGAGUUCAUAAAUAUCAAGUACCUGAAGACGACUGCUUUGUCCAUUUAGAGGUCCAAUUUAGGUUCUUUAACUUGUCACCUAAAGUUGAUGGAGUUUUGGGUAGGACUUACAGGCCUGAUUUCGAAAACCCAGCAAAGCCUGGCGUGGCAAUGCCGGUUUUAGGAGAUGAAAACAAGUAUAGAACUGAAUCACUUCUUUCGGCAGAUUGUGAAUCUUGCAUUUUCUCUCUUCAGAUUGGAUCAAACAAAGAGAUUUCAUCGGUUACCGACUAUGGCACCCUAGAUUGCACCCAUGGAGGUUCUGCAGGAUAUGGAAUUGUUUGCAGGAAGUAAGGUUAGGAAAAUUGUGCAUGGCUGGCCAUUUAAAGAAUAUUGGAAGCUUUGGUUAAGCUUCUUGUUAAAUAAGUAGAUGGUGUGGCUGCAGGAUUUGGUUAUUGUGAAAUUACCUUG